GAUAAGUUGGAGCAGGCUCAGCGGCCGCCGCCAUUUUGUGCAGUCGCUGGGAAGGAAGGGAGACGCCUAAACUGUGGCACCGCCCGGUUUGAGCGUGACCAGACCUCCCCGCUGUACUAACAGCCCCGAUUCUCUGUGUUUUGCUCCCGUCUCCGACGAGAGAGGCGGCGACGGUGGCGUCUGCGACGGGAGACAGCGCGUCGGAGCGAGAGAGCGCCGCGCCUGCCGCCGCCCCAACAGCGGAGGCGCCGCCGCCAUCGGUCGUCACUAGACCGGAGCCACAGGCCAUCCCUAGCUCGGCCAUUCGUGCCCCGCUCCCAGAUCUUUAUCCGUUUGGGACCAUGCGCGGAGGCGGUUUUGGGGACCGGGACCGGGAUCGGGACCGUGGAGGGUUUGGAGCAAGAGGUGGUAGUGGCCUUCCCCCAAAGAAGUUUGGUAAUCCUGGAGAGCGUUUACGGAAAAAGAAGUGGGAUUUGAGUGAACUCCCGAAAUUUGAGAAGAAUUUUUAUGUGGAGCAUCCAGAAGUAGCAAGACUGACUCCGUAUGAGGUUGAUGAACUCCGUCGAAAGAAAGAGAUCACAGUGAGAGGAGGCGAUGUCUGUCCCAAGCCUGUCUUCGCUUUCCAUCAUGCGAACUUCCCACAGUAUGUAAUGGAUGUGCUGAUGGAUCAGCAUUUUACAGAACCAACUCCCAUUCAGUGCCAAGGAUUUCCUUUGGCUCUUAGUGGCCGGGAUAUGGUUGGCAUUGCACAGACUGGCUCUGGGAAGACAUUGGCGUAUUUGCUGCCUGCAAUUGUUCAUAUAAACCACCAGCCAUACUUGGAAAGAGGAGAUGGCCCAAUUUGUUUAGUGCUGGCUCCUACCAGAGAACUUGCUCAGCAGGUGCAGCAGGUGGCUGAUGAUUAUGGAAAGUGUUCUAGGUUGAAGAGCACAUGCAUUUAUGGAGGGGCUCCUAAAGGUCCUCAGAUUCGAGACUUGGAAAGAGGUGUUGAGAUUUGCAUAGCCACUCCUGGGCGCCUAAUUGAUUUUCUGGAAUCAGGAAAGACAAAUCUUCGCCGAUGUACUUACCUUGUGUUGGAUGAGGCUGACCGAAUGCUUGAUAUGGGCUUUGAGCCCCAGAUCCGUAAAAUUGUUGACCAAAUCAGGCCUGACCGGCAGACACUGAUGUGGAGUGCAACCUGGCCAAAGGAAGUAAGGCAGCUUGCAGAGGACUUCCUGCGUGAUUACACCCAGAUCAACGUGGGCAAUCUGGAGUUGAGUGCCAACCACAACAUCCUGCAGAUUGUGGAUGUCUGUAUGGAAAGUGAAAAAGAUCACAAAUUGAUCCAACUGAUGGAGGAAAUCAUGGCGGAAAAGGAAAAUAAGACUAUAAUAUUUGUGGAGACAAAGAGACGCUGUGAUGACCUCACUCGAAGGAUGCGCAGAGAUGGUUGGCCAGCUAUGUGUAUUCAUGGAGACAAGAGUCAACCAGAAAGAGAUUGGGUACUUAAUGAGUUCCGAUCUGGAAAGGCUCCUAUACUCAUUGCCACAGAUGUAGCCUCCCGUGGGCUAGAUGUGGAAGAUGUGAAGUUUGUGAUCAACUAUGACUAUCCAAACAGCUCAGAGGACUAUGUUCACCGUAUUGGCCGAACGGCCCGGAGCACCAACAAGGGCACUGCCUAUACUUUCUUUACCCCGGGGAACCUAAAGCAGGCUAGAGAGCUGAUCAAAGUAUUGGAAGAGGCUAAUCAGGCCAUCAAUCCAAAAUUGAUGCAACUGGUGGACCACAGAGGCGGUGGCGGCGGAGGGGGUAAGGGAGGUCGCUCUCGAUACCGGACUACUUCUUCAGCCAACAAUCCCAAUCUGAUGUAUCAGGAUGAGUGUGACCGGAGGCUUCGAGGGGUCAAGGAUGGUGGCCGGAGAGAUUCUACAAGCUACCGAGAUCGCAGUGAAACCGAUAGAGCCAGUUAUGCUAAUGGCAGUGGCUAUGGAAGCCCGAAUUCUGCCUUUGGGGCACAAGCAGGCCAAUACACCUAUGCCCAAGGCACCUAUGGGGCAGCUGCUUAUGGUACCAGUGGCUACACAGCCCAGGAGUAUGCUGCUGGCACUUAUGGGGCUAGUAGCACCACCUCAACUGGGAGGAGCUCCCAGAGCUCUAGUCAGCAGUUUAGUGGUAUAGGCCGAUCUGGGCAGCAGCCACAGCCACUGAUGUCACAGCAGUUUGCACAGCCUCCAGGAGCUACCAAUAUGAUAGGCUAUAUGGGGCAGACUGCUUACCAGUAUCCUCCCCCCCCUCCUCCCCCUCCUCCUUCUCGUAAAUGAAGCUGCUUGGUGGGAGUGACUUGUGCAGAUUACAUCUAAAGGAACACUGUCUAUUCUUUUACCUUAUAGCCAUUUUUAUUUUUUCUUUUCCCAACCAUUGUGGUUUAUCUCUUUUUUUUUUUUUAAAUGCAGAUUAGUUAAAAUUCACUGCCAGGUUUCUUCUGCCCACCCAAAAGAUCCAGUCUGUAAUAACAGAUUUUGUACGGAUAUAUAUAGAUAUAUAUAUAUCUAUAUAUAUGACUAGAAAACAUUUUCUUCCCUGAUUUAAUGCAUGUAUUGAGCUAUUUUUCAUCUUAAAGGUAUUAGGCGCUUUUGUUGGAACCUGCUUAUUAUUGGGAGGGAGGGUAGGGAAGGAUGGAGUGUUCUGCAGAAGAUGGCAGCAUCUGUGCUUAAGGCUGUUCUCCUUACUGGGAGAAGCCAAGAGGGAUUUCAUGUGUGUUGUCCAUGGUGGGUUUUAAGUUACUGAAGUUAGAUUACUCGGCGUGACAGAUUUUAAGAUUUGUCAGUCAUUUUGGCUGAUGGUGUAGUAACAUGGAUUUGAGAGCUAAAAAAACCUAAUUGGUUUGCCCCUCUCUCCUGCAGUUACUAAAUAUUAACCAGGUUAGUGUUGAGUUUGAAAUCAAAUUUCUGAGUUCAAGCGACCUUUUUUAAGUUUAGAAAAACUACAAAGCAUUGUUUUUGCUGGGUAGACUGGCAUCUGGGUAGAGACUGCCUGGUUUUGCUCCCCAUAUAACCAGGGACCAUCUGAAAAGUUGAUUUCUUUAGCCAAAUAGUUAUGAGCAGUAAGCAUGCAUCAGUGUGUAGCAGAAGCUUCCUAAGCAGCUGAGUCUAUGGUGUACAAAAUGCCUUUAUAAAUGAUGACAUCCAAAUGGGCAGAUCGUCCUCUUAAAUUCAGUAUUUUUAGAGUUAGGGUGCCUUGUGGGCUGCUCUGCCCUCUUGGCCAGGCUCUCCUGAGCAGGACUCUACGGCCUGUUCUGUUUCAUAGCAGCUGGAGGCACUCGUCCUCGGCAUCCUUUUGCACUCAGCUUUUCACAGGUAGGUAGUGCUUAGGAAGCACUCUGGAGGACUAGAGCCCAGGUCCCCCUUAGUCUGCAGUGGGAAGGUGGGUUUGUCUCAUCCUUUUGUUAACUUGUUUUCUUCCUGAAACUUCCAAGAGCAACAGAUGCACCUGAAAAGAAUUUUUGCUCUUGUGUCACCCUAACAGGAUGGGACAGUAGAUGGCCCCGGCACCUGUGAGAAAUCAUCACAUGGUGGGGUCUUUUGUUUUGCUGUUACCUGUGCUGCUCAUUCACAGUACAGGAGGAGGCUCCACUUCAUUUCGUGGCUGUGCCCUCAGAGUGCUUGCUGCUUUGUAAAAGUCGUAACAAAACACUUGAGGUUUCCUUCAGGAAGAGAAAGGGGAUGGUUUUGAGGGCUCUGAAAGUAGGAUUCAGUGUGCGACACAACAGGUAGGUUGUCAGCAUAUGUUGGGUAUAUAUGUAUGUGAACACUUGGCAUCCUUUUGUUUUCCUUACUAUUUUACAGAAUAUGAAGCUGGGGGAGUGGUGGGCACAGAUGUGUGGCAACCCUGCUCUGUGCUUGAAACCAAAGUGUGUGUUCUGUCUGUCUCUCACCCUGCCAAAAGGAAGUGUCUAAUCAUGGACACUGACCAGCCUGACAGAUACUUCUUCAGAUUUACUUAUUAAGCAUCAUACCAUGGGCUGUCCUGUGCUACUGCAGCUCUUCAAAACACCCUUUCUGUUAAUGCCUAUGGAGAUGAAGCAGUAGCUAGGUUGCUUACCUCCCCUUUCCACCAGAAGUAUAAUCCAGAUAAAUUAACAGCUGAUUUACUACUUCAUGUGCUCUUUUGGCCUGGGUACGGCAGAAAACUAGCAGUUUUCCUAUUUAGUGCAAAUGACUUCUGUCUUCUUGUCUGUCCUUUGAGUUCUCUCAGAACAGGCCUAGGCAAGCCCUCUGAGCUGGGGUGAUUGCCUUUGUGUGGUUAACUCACUUAAAGAAAGGGCUUCAGUAUUAAGCUGUGAGCUGCUUCUCCUUACCCCUCCUGAACAAUUUAUUGUGCAGACUUCUCAUCUAAAAGGUUGGUGGCUUUUGCUUGGGAUCAGUGCUCUGCUAAUGCAUUUGCUGGUCUCUGAACACAUUCCUGUCAUUGAGACUUGAAUUGUAGGUGUGAUGUAAAGGCACAGGAUGCUAAGAGCUAUGUUACUACUAUUCUUAGUUUGUAAAUUGUCCUUUUGAUACCAUAUUGUUUUCUUUUGUAGGUAUAAAUAAAACAAUUGACAAUAAA